AUGUCAGCUGUCAAGAUAUUCAAUAACAGCAGUGUGAACCUGCUAACCUUUGUCCUGACUGGCAUUCCCGGGAUGGAGGAAAAGAAUUCUUUGAUGGCCUUUCCUCUGUUUGUGCUCUGUGUCUUCACACCGCUUGGAAACAGCCUCAUUCUCUUUGUCAUCACGACCGAGCACAGCCUUCAUGAGCCCAUGUACAUCUUCCUUUCCAUCCUUGCCUGCUCAGAUCUGGGACUCUUCAUAUUGACCUUUCCAACUAUGUUGAGAGUUUACUGGUUUGACUCCAAGGAAAUUACACUUAAUGCUUGUAUCACCCAAAUGUUCUUCAUCCAUGCAUUUCAAUGGUUGGAGUCUGGCAUACUGGUGGCAAUGGCUUUUGACCGUGUUGUUGCAAUCAGUGAGCCGCUGAGAUACAGAACACUCUUCCCAGUUAGAUGUAUCUGUGUCUCCUUCCCAGCUCCCUUUCUGAUUGAACGUCUACACUUCUGCAGAUCCAGUGUACUUUCUCACUCCUACUGUCUCCAUCCUGAUAUAAUGAAGCUAGCCUGUGUAGACAUAACGGUCAACAUCUUCUAUGGUCUGAUUAUCGUCACUCUCACAUUGGGACUUGACGUUGUCAUCAUUCUUGUGUCCUACAUUGUGAUUUUGAAAACUGUUUUGGGCAUUGCAUCCCAUCGAGAACGUCUCAAGGCUCUCAACACUUGUGCUUCCCACAUUUGUGCCACCCUCACUUUUUACGUCCCAAUGAUCAGUGUCAGUUUGCCCCAUCGAUAUGGGAAACACCUUUCCCCCCUUGUGCACAUGCUGAUGGCCACCAUCUACACUGUGGUCCCACCUCUCCUUAAUCCCGUUGUGUACAGCAUGAAGACCUGGCAGAUUCGCAAAGCAAUUGGGAGGAUGUGA